UGGUAAAAAAAAAGUUUAAAACAUACUUAUAACCAUACAGGUUAGAAUGCUGUUAUAAAAAUGAACGUUAUAAACGUUUUAUGUAUUCUGUUUGUACUUGCGUGUGUGUCUGGGUUCAAAUACGCAGGGAGGCCGAAGUUUAAAUGCUUUCCAAUAAGUGAACCAUUAUGCUCAGAUUUCCCAUACAACUACACAACUUUCCCCAAUAUUCUUGGGCACGAUAACGCGGAUGACGCAUCUGACGUAUUAUACGAAUACAAGUUACUGUUGGACACGCACUGCUCAACGCAUCUACGAUUCUUUCUUUGCUCUUUGCAUUUUCCAAUGUGUACGCCAAAGGUUGAAGUAGCAAUACCAGGAUGCAGAAGUAUGUGUGAGAAAGUAAGAGCCGACUGUGAACCGGUUAUGCGGGUAGGAGGGGUACAGUGGCCGGAUACCAUUGACUGUUCAAAGCUACCCAUGAGGAACGAGAAGAAGCGGUUGUGUAUGGUACCACCCGGUGAAUCCCCGAACGGGGAAGCACCUAAAGUGGACACCAACCCCCAGCCACCUUCAGUAACGUUGGACGAAAGCGGGGCAGGUCCCCAUAUAGAGUUGGAAAUCGACGACGAAGAUGAGAACGACAAAGCAGCCAAGUAUUGGGCGCAACAGUUGGAACUGAAUCCGGGUUAUGAGGAACAACAAUGGAGAGAACCGAUUAUUCCACGUAUUGAACACCAAUUGCCACCAGAAGAACCAGUUGUAGUAGAUGAACCAGAAGGUCCAGGGUUUGGUUUUGCAUCACCACCACAAAGAGAACCAGACCAAGAUAAGAACCAAUUCGUGACGAUAUCUCAACCGAAACCAAGACCAAAUAAAUGCAAGAAUCCGAACAAGUUUCAUUACUUGAAAAGAAUGAAACAAUGUGUCCCAAGGUGUGAGAAAACCACGGAUAUUUUGUUUAGUUCAAAUCACAAACAAAUCGCUUAUUGGUUGCUGUUUUCGUUUUCUUUGCUAUGUUUUAUUUCAACGGUGAUGACAGUCUGUACUUUUAUGAUUGAUUCUAAAAGAUUCAGAUACCCGGAACGUCCGAUUAUUUUCCUUUCCAUUUGCUACUGCGUUUAUUCGGUCGCUUACUUGGUAAGAUCGGUGAAUGGUCCGCUUAACUCUAUGGCGUGUAUGGAAGAUAUUACACACCCUGCUGGGGCCAGCUACUUUGUAAAGGGUGGUAUUCAAGGCACCGGGUGUACCGCCAUGUUUUUCGUGCUCUACUACUUUGGGAUGGCGGCUUCAGCGUGGUGGGUUGUUCUUACUUUAUCAUGGCUUCUGUCUGCCGGGUUCAAGUGGGGGCAUGAGGCAAUCGAAGCUUACGGGUUCUACUUCCACCUAGCGGCGUGGUUGUUGCCAGCCGGACAGACAAUUGUUGUUCUCAUCCUGGGAAAAGUUGAUGGAGAUGAAUUAACAGGCGUUUGUUAUGUUGGAAACUUGGAGCCUGAAAGUUUGAUGUAUUUCGUCAUCAUCCCUCUCACAUUUUACCUGAUAACCGGAACUGUGGCUCUGGUGUUCGGGUUUGGCUACUUGUUUAAAAUACGACGAGUUAUUCGUCAUCAGGGUGGGAAGUCUGCGGGCAAACUGGAAAAGCUGAUGUGGCGAAUUGGUGUAUUUUCUGUGCUGUACACUGUACCUGCAGCGUGUGUCGUGGCAGUGAACUUUUACCAAUACCAAAACUUGGGUGUAUGGAUGAGUCAUGCAAGGAAAAUACCAUGCAGAGCAUCAGGCUCACCGUUUCUUUAUAGACCUGAUUCCGCACCCAGCGAAUUUCAAGGCUCUUGGCUGCCACCGCGUGACAAUUACCAAGCUUCAAUGGCCCCCGCUACGUGGCGCGGUUACCCACAGCGAUCGGACUACUUGGUUGGCGAUGGUUCGGACUUUUAUGCUUAUGAGCCAUGGCCAGAACAACCUGGUUAUGACAGAUACACACAAACCAAUGGGAAACGCAAAAGACGGUCGCUACCAAUAAAAGAUCAAAUUCCGAGGGUGAACUUGGACUGUACACUGCCCGAUUCAAUACCGUCCCUCCCCAUAUUUGGAAUUAAGAUCUUCAUGUCUCUUAUUGCGGGUAUUACAAGCGGAAUGUGGAUUUGGAGCGGAAAGACAGUCGAAUCUUGGAGGAAGUUUUACAAAACGUGCAGGUGCGGGAAGUCCCCCAAAGCAACCCAAGUUGGUCACAAAAGAGAUGGCGGAUUCGCGGUGUGAUUAUGACGUCAUAGGAAUGGAGGGUAAUGACCUUUACCAACCGGGCAAACCGUGUCAUCAGAACUCACUGGAGUGGAACCAGAUUAUCGCAGUGGACACGAAAA